UUGAUCGAGAGACGGGGAGAGACCGAGAGACUAGAGAGACAGAUAAAGAGAGGGAAAUUGGUGUGCUACGAGGAUGCAUAACCAGUGGCCUGGCUGCUAAUCCUUAUUUUUCCAUUCUGUCUUGUUUCUAUUCAUCCAUUGUUAACGCUAUCUCUUAUCUUCUUUGUUUUCCUUUUUCUUUUUCUUCUUUCUUUUCUCUCUUUUUUUUUUUUCCUUCUUGUUGCAGGUUAAACAAAGGUAAUGGCAUCUGUUAAAUCCUCCUCUAGAAAAAAAUCCUCCCUUUCCCAUAAGAAGAAACGCUCUAAGCCAUCCUCUGAGACCGGGAGGAGGAAGAGAAGCAGGAGUAGGAAGAUAGAUAAAUCUAAGAAGCUUCGUCGUCGCGAUGCUUCAAUUUCCUACUCUGAGGACGAUUCAAAGACGGAGGAUUCUAUAUUUGUUUCAUCUUCUGAUUCAGAGGAUGAUUAUAGAAGUAGAAGGGCUCGAUCUCGUACUCGGGAGGAUGCAAAAGGGAGUAGGAAGAGGGCCAGGCGCAGCUCUUUGAGCCGUGAUGCAGACAAGGAUUUACCCAAUCGGAGAAAGAGAAAAGGGUCGAAAAGAAAAAGAGCCUCUGUGGAGAGGAAAAAUUCCAACCGGAGGAACCGUGAGAGUCUGCGUUCCAGGGGAGAUGCUAAUGUUAGCUCUGCAAGUAAUGGUUCUUCGAGUUGCUCAACCUGCCGUGGGAGUAGCCAUGAAAGGUCAAGGGGUAGGUCCGAAGAAAGAGAUAGAUAUAAGAGAAGUCCCAGUAAAACAAGCAAUGGAAGAUUUAAGAAUCGGUAUAGAUUCAGCAGGAGUUGCUCUUCAUGCAGCACAUGUAGUGACCACAGGAGAAGUUACAAAAGUGAGGAGAAAUAUAUGGGUGAAAAUCCACGAUUUCUCAAAUCAGUUCUUACUGACACGAAACAUUCGAAGGAAAAGGAAGGAAAUCAGAAUGGUAAAGAUGAUGAUAGGACAGAGAUUGUCCAGGCUUAUGAUGACUGCCCUUCUUCCAGAAGCAAUGACAGUUAUGAUGGGGGACGGAAGAGGGAGAUAUCUUACCAUCAACAUGGUGCAUCUGAUAAGAAGAGACGGGUUGCUAAUGCAAAGGGUGAAGACACUUUAAAAAUUAAGACAACUGAAAUCGUAGGAAUUGGCAAGGAGAAUGAUGGAGGCAAAUAUGCUGGUAAUUGUCAGAACUUGAGCAUAGUUGGGUCAACCAAAACUUCUACUGGGAGUAGGAGUGAGGUUCCAUCUGCUACUGGUAGUUCAGAGGGGAAUGAUUUGGAGUUAUAUUUAAGACAAAAAGCAUUGGAAAAUCUUAGGAAAUUCCGAGGGGGACCCCAAACAAACACAAAAACUCUGCAGAAAGAAGAGAGUGGUGGUGAUGAAAAGCUGCCAUCAAAUGCAAAGAUAGAAACAGUCCGCAAUGAGCCCCGAAUAGAGGAUAGGAGCCAAUUGUUGGGGGCAACACAAGUAAGUCAGAAUGUAACACCAUUUAUGGAGAGAAAGCCGACUUUCUUUCCUCCAAAGGAUGGGCUGAUGCCUGACAAAAGACACGAAUCUAAGGUAAAGCUGGAUAAUGUUCAUUCAGUUAAGGGUGUUGGCAAUGUGGCACUAAAACAGACAGCUGUUACUGGUAACCUCACAGAAAAGAACAAACUGAAUGUUGGCAUAAAUGUUACUAGGAGGCAGGAAUCUUCUGGUGCUCAAUCCAAUCUGAAAGAAGCACCAACAUCCAAGGAAUCUCCUAAGGAAAAGCUGUUGGAGACUAGGAACGUCUCAAAUAGAAGUGUUACCACAGAUCUUAAAGCUUCACCAAGGAGUAGCAAUACUCAUGGUGCAGCAAUUGAUGAUUCCAGACCCGCUGCUACUGAGGCUUCUACCAUCCCCAACACUGCAACAGCGGUGCAUUGCCAAAAUCAACAGCAGGAUGAAGCCAAAGGGAGUUCCCAAUUUGAGCAAAAGACUAUGUCUGUAAUGCGUGGUGGUGAGUUGGUGCAGGUGAGCUACAAGGUUUACAUCCCUAAAAAGGCACCAGCUUUGGCAAGGAGGCAACUUCAGCGGUGAAGUACGUCAAUACGGUUUCUGUUGCAUGGGUAGGAUUAAGAUUUUGCAGUCAUACAAGCAUAAGAUAAUUGUGUAAUACAUUUUAUAUCGAUGGGAAACUUGGAAUUGGUUUGAAACGCAUUAGCAGAUAGAGAAGGUGGUGGAGGAACUUUAAAGAACUGAUUCUUCAUUGCCCGUCUUUACAAUGUUGGAAAAUUAAGGAAGAUCCAAACCUUGUCUAGGAUAUGCUUUUUUAGAAGUGUUAUUUUACCAUGUUUUACAUGGUUUCGCCUAAU